UUUCCUCAACCAAUUGUGAUAUCUCUCUCACGAAAUCCCCAUUCACAAAAUCUCCCUCAAUCACCAAGCUUCCCAUCUUCCUCUCCCAAAAAUCCACAUCUCAAAAUCCCAUCUUUUCUUCAGUGGAAAGUAGUCUGUGGAGUCCCCCCAACAUUUUAUUAAAGAUGGUGAGAGAGGUUAGGUACAUGCAAAACUGGGGCGAAGUAGCAUCAACCCUUCUCAUUUCGCAGCAGAAAUCUUCAAGACCUUGUAAAUUGGAGACCAUUCUGGAAGAAGGAUAUGAAAACUCUGUGGUGGUUCCCAAGAGAGUUGUGUAUCUUCUUCCUGUGGUCUUGUCUAUGAUUCUUUAUUUCAUGUUUUGCAGUGACUUGGGUCGAUCCUUAUGAUGAUUGACAUUUUAAUAGUCUAUUCGAGUAAGAUAUGAAAGAGAAGAGAGAGACAUCGUUGGUUGUGUGGGGUGCGGAGCAGGGCAGGGCAGAGCAGAGCACACCAAGUGUUUUGAGGAAAUGCCACUGUCGGUUUGAGUAGAAAAUCGUGAUGGCAAUGUGCAUGAUGGAGUGGUGAAUGAUGAAGGAUUUUGGAUGUAUUUCCUUUGGAAUGUUCCAAUUUUGUAACAUAUUUCGCUAUUAUAAUCCAAUUAAUCCGCCUGCUUCUUUUAUUAAAGAAAUCCAAUCCUCUGUUUCUCUCUGUCUCUCUCAGCUUAAUUGAAGGUGGCGUUUGUUUUAAGACAGGAAAACCCAGAUUAAUUAAGCACGACAAGAUUGACCUUCUUUAAUUUGGCAAUUCCUUGGUGAUACAAUUGGCUCUUAUAUUUUCGCCUGCUUACUGGGUUUUCUAGCUGGGUUUGCGUAGGAAGAUGGACAAGCAACAAGAUCAAAGAAAAACUUAGAGAUGUG